GAAAAGCAGUGAUAGACUACAUCGUAGAUUAUUUGGAAAACAUAAGAGAUCGACGAGUGUUCCCAGACAAGAAACCGGGAUACAUACAUGAUCAAAUACCCGACGCGGCACCAGUCGAAGGGGAGAAGUGGUCAGACAUUUUCAAAGACAUGGAGUCCAUCAUCAUGCCAGGAGUGACUCACUGGCAGAGCCCCCAAAUGCACGCCUACUUUCCUGCCCUGAACAGCUACCCUUCCAUGUUGGGUGAAAUGUUGACGAAUGCGAUAAACUGCAUCGGAUUCACUUGGGCAUCGAGUCCUGCGUGUACUGAACUGGAAAUGGUCGUCAUGAACUGGCUAGGAAAAAUGAUCGGUCUUCCAGAAGAUUACUUGCAUAAGAAAGGUGGAAGUGGAGGUGGUGUAAUACAGACCACGGCCAGCGAGAGUACUUUGAUAAGUCUUUUGGCUGGGAGAUACGAGGCGUUGAAGCUCUACAUGGAUCUUUAUCCUGAAGCUAGUAAACAUGAAAUUCAUGGAAAACUGGUAGCAUAUUGCUCGGAUCAAGCCCAUUCCAGCAUAGAAAAAGCAGCUCUGAUAGGUCUGGUGACGCUCAGGUACAUCGAGUCUGAUGAAAAUUAUUCUAUGAGGGGACCAGAUUUGCUGAAAGCUAUAAAAGAAGAUAGAGAAAAGGGGUUGAUUCCUUUUUGGGUAUGCGCGACAUUGGGAACCACGGGAUCAUGUGCUUUCGACAACCUGGAAGAAAUCACUCAAGUCUCACAAAACGAACUGAUGUGGUGCCAUGUAGACGCUGCCUAUGCAGGUUCAGCUUUUAUAUGUCCGGAAUACAGGGUGUGGUUGAAAGGGAUCGACAAAGCCAACUCCAUAGCGCUCAACCCUUCCAAAUGGAUGAUGGUUCAUUUUGACUGCACAGCAAUGUGGGUUAAAAAUAGUGGGGCUUUACAUGGAGCAUUUAACGUCAAUCCUUUAUAUUUGACCCAUGAGUAUUCAGGUCUGGCUAUUGAUUUCAUGCACUGGCAAAUUCCACUCAGUAAAAGAUUCCGAUCUCUCAAACUGUGGUUUGUUAUAAGGAAUUAUGGAAUCACCGGUCUACAAAAGCAUAUAAGGAAGGGCGUUUACCUAGCUGGAGAACUUGAGUCUCUCAUAAGAAAAGACUCUCGAUUCGAAAUUCCGGCAAAUAGAUAUCUUGGGCUGGUGGUCUUCAGGCUGGUUGGGGACAAUAUGAUCACAGAGACUCUCUGGAAAAAACUCAAUGCCAGAGGUAAAAUCCACUGUGUGCCAGCCAGUUUGAGAGGAAAAUACGUAAUAAGGUUCACUGUAACUUCCCCAAGAACGACCAUGGAGGACAUUUCGGCCGAUUGGAAGGAAAUUAUGUUCGUUGCAGAUGAGGUGCUCAGUGAAAAGGCGGCUAGCAGUGCCUCAAGAGCAAAAGUUCCACUCGGAGAAAUUAAACAGAAAAAUGAGAACUUCGGAACGAGUUUACUACUGUCCAACAUCCCCACUUCCCCAAAAAUCGUGAACGGGUCGUUCGCCGCAAUUUACGACCAAGGAGAUGUUUUGGACGAGUUCUCGAAAACAAUACAGUUGAGAAAAGACGCGAAAGAUAGUCCUGCAAUGCGGAGAAGAAUACGAGGGAUAUUGAUGUCCGGAAAACAAUUUUCUUUGGACUCUAGGUUGGACUUAUUUCAUGGAAUUGAACCCAGUCGAUCAGAAACGUUUGAUAACUUUCCGUUGCUCGAGGAUUCCACCGAAAUUGAGGAGAGCAAUUGCGGUUCAACAGAAUUUCCGUAUCUACAGUCUCCACUGAGCGACUCCUUAGAUAUAAUGGAAACAGGACAGUCAAGAUCAAAAUCCGUUGAUCAUCAAAUAGUUCCUUCAGGUUGUCUCGAAAUCAACAAACAAGUUUGCAUCAAAUGCGGUCAUCACGUCAAUGGAUAUUCCUUAAACAAUUAAAAAACCAGUUUGUUAAUAAAAACGUAAUGAAUUGUAAGAUUCACAUUUACUGCUGUUGAUAAUAACUGUCAGUGUAAAAUCAAUUUCUGAAAAUUUGUUAUAAAUAACUGAACGUAGUUACACAUCAUUCACUUUAAGGUUUUAGGAAUCUAUAACUAUAAUCAACAAUUAGGUAGAUGGUCUUCUCAAUACCCUCUCGAUAUGGCAAUAUUUAUCCUUAGCAAUAGUGAAACUUUAUUCAAAAUAUGAUUCGAUGAACUUUUGGACAAAAUUACCCUUGCCUUGAAUUUGUUAGUUGAGGUUUUGGAGAAUUAUAUCGUCUGUAUUUUGUUGUGAAUUUCUCAUUCAAUGAAAUUUAUAUAAAGGAAAAAUCAACUGGUGAAUGUUUGACUUCGCAUGAAAAUAAAUGAAUAAAUGUUGAAUAUUAUAAUGUUUUUUGUUUCGGAAACAUUUUCUGAGAAAUAUAUCUUUCAAAUAUGUGAAUCUAAAAUGUAAUUCAUUAUAUGAGUUAAUAAAAGUUAGAACUUAGA